AUGUCCAACUUAUCAGAUUUAUUAACUAGCAAUAAGAAUAACGAUAGCGCUAGUAAUAAUAUUAAUAAUAACACUUCUAUAGUUGAUCACGCGGCUGGUAUCAAAGCAUCCGAUAAUAUUAUUUCGAAAAAACCUAUUUCAACGGUAGCAAGUGCAAAAUCAAGAAGAAGAGGAAGAGGAAAGAGUAUUAAACCUAUACAUCCCGUCACUAUUACACCCAUUACUCCCGGUGCCACUCCUACCUGUACCUCUAUUACUAGUAAUGAUAACACCAAGGUUUACCCCUGUUUGCAAUGUAAGAAUACUCAAAGGACCUUUAGUAGAUUGGAACACUUACAAAGACAUAUAAGGAGUUUCCAUACUGAUUUAAAGCCAUACAAGUGCGGAAAAUGUUAUAAAGAGUUUGUUAGAAAGGAUUUGGUACAACGUCAUUUGAAAAAGAUUCACAAGCUAUUGACACUUGAUUUACAGAAUGAGCAUAUCAUCAGUGUGGAAUUGAGAAAUAGUAUAACUGCCAAGAAAAUUGAAACGGAUAGUAAUGAUGCUAGUAGUAGCACUAGUAGUAGUAGUGGCAGCAGUAGUAUUAGUAGUGCUACUGACAGUGGUUCUGGUAUUAACAAUUGCAACAACAUUGAAAUGGUUCCUAUUACCCCUAGUUCAUCAAUUACAAAUUUAGCUAUGCUGGGUAACAAAAGUUCUAUUUAUCAUGGCACUACGUCUAGCACCAUCAAACUUACACCCUUUUUAAAGGAAUAUAAGAAGUUCUUAAUGAAAUUGUUUAAUGAAUUUUUUACCAUUGAAAUUUUGAAAGUUGUCGAAAAAAAUCACGUUUUGAUCAAUAAAAGAUUAGCUGCAUUACUAUUGACAGUAGAGAGUGCCACUGAUAAAACCGUUUUUUUCAAGUUUGGCUCUAAAACAAAUAAUAAUAAGAAAAUGGUUAAAAACUAUUUCAUAUUAGCAUUGACAUUCGGGAUAAUACACUCUGCUACGGCUGAUGUAACCGCUAAUAACAACACCACAAGAUAUAUUACCGAUGCUAUCAUUUCCACGUUAAUAAAUAAAUCAAACAAGAAAAUCAUAGAUUCUUUGAUUCUAGUGUCGUAUGAGAUCAAGUACAAUUUUUUUGACCAUCAAUAUUAUGAUACGUUGAACAACAUAUUAUACCAGUUGCUAUUGUCUAAUAAUACAAGUAUAACUACAACGUCUAGUAUGACCCCAUUGCAGUACACGUUGAUUUUUCAUAAUUUGGAAGAUCCUCAACAAGCAAUGCAGUUGUGGAAGCCAAGAGAUACUAAUUAUUAUUAUAGCGUGGAUUUGAUGUAUUUUAAAAUGCUUUCCGAUGUCAAUGAAAUAAAUGAAAAUGACUUGCUUCAACUUUGGGAAGUGUAUAGCAGCAGUGCUGAUAGUUUGAAUAAUCUGGACGGAUUUGAUCGUUUAUUCAGUGUCAACAGCGUAUAUAAAUUAACAGAUAUUGGUGGCUUGCCCAAUUUUCCUGUAAUUCCAGACUAUUAUAGCGUUGAUGGUGAUGGAUUUGGUGUUUGGAAUUUGGAAUAUUAUUUAAGAAUUUUGUGGUUAACUAUUAAUUGUGUUCCUAAUAAUAAUAGCAACAGGUUAAUUUUGAUCAAGCAUAUCGGAGUUUUAGUAUUAUACAAUAUUCUACUUACCACACCAGUAGUUGAGCAACAAGAGGAUAACUUUGACUUUAACAACAAUGUUCAAGCUAUUCAAGCAAUCAAGCAUUUUAUGAACCAUAGUACGAUUGGAAAUGGAUUUUUCAAUUGGAAUGUCUUAAUGACAGAAUUGAGCAGUAAUACUAUCCCAAUUUUGGCCCAGAUAUGGAAUGAUUUCUAUCCUUUAAAACACUUUAGUGGCGGGAUCAUGAAUAAGUUUCAACAAGUUGUUAACUAUUUCCACAAUUUUUUGGGCAAUAAUAGUAGUACUGGUUUUGGCAGUAUUGUUAAUACCAAUAGUAAUAGUAGAUACGGUAACAGGAAGAAUAGUAUUUGUAGCAACUCCAGUAUCAGCAGCAGUCCUUCAGUCAUCUUUCCAAGUCUCUUUGCUAACACUACUAGUAGUGUAAUUUCAGAUUCUAGUACUGUGAACAGUUUUACUGCCCCGGCAUUUGGCGGUAAUAGUGGUAAUGAUCACACUUCUCCGGGUUCGAGCAACUUCAGCAGUAAUAACGGCAGUAGUACCAAAGUUUACAGUUUUCUGCCUAAUAUUGCAAGCAGACUAAGCAAUUCUCCUGCUUACGACUCGCCAUCGCCCGGGGGUGGGGAACCACAAUCUACCGGGAUCACUGCUAAUAAUAUUAGCAAUCACAAUAGCUCAAGUAAUUUUUUGAACGCUCCGCCCGCGUCGCCAUCUAAUUCUAUUACGUUAAGUCCAAUAAUUACAUCAUCACAUCAAUUAGUUACCGUUGAAGACGAAACCGAAGAAGGGAGUUUAAAACUGGACAGAAGCGCUACACCCACAAUUUACAAUAAAAGUUUUACCAAUAACAAAAACAGUGCAGGCAAUUUGUUGUCCAUAAGAUCUUCUUCACUAGGGGGGAUUGGAAAUAAUGAGGGGGUGAAAAUCAAUUCGAGUUUUAUUAAUAACGGUGGUGCUGGUACUAGUACUAGCAAUACUACUACUUCUGCAACCCCUAUUUUACCACCAUUGAUUAUGACUGCACCAAUAUCUAAUACUACCAAUAAUAGCAUUGCUAAUGGUAACAAUCAUUUUGAUGGAUUUUAUCAUGCACAACAACAAAAUAGAUAUCAAUAUUUCAAUACUAACAGUGUUAUUUCACCCCCUUUUAUCGGUAAUUCCAAUAAUAAUCUUUUUACUAGUAAUAAUAAUAAUAGUAGUAUUUCUACUGCAACAAAUGUUACCUCCGCAUCUAAUACUGCAAAUGAUAACACUAACAACAAGAAGGGCAAGGGAUCUUUUUCUUCUAAGAAUUUACAAACAAUUAGGUAUUAA